UCAACUGCAAGCGUAUUGUAUUCCACGUACCGUACUGAAAUUUUCCGGAGAAUUAUUUAUCAAAUAUCCGUAUGUCAGCUGCCAAAGCCCAGGAAUAUGACUGCACUGCCAAGUGUACAUGUCGGCAGCAUGGAAACUGCAUCACAGCCGCGCUUACGAAGCGCUCAAUCGACAAUCAAAACCUGGGAGCGUUUAUCUUCAAGACUUGCGGAAAUUUCGCCAACAUCCUAGAUGACCUGGGCCGCUCUGCGGUGCACAUGUCGGCUUCAGUGGCGCGAUAUGAGAUUCUGGAGUGGCUAUUGAACCACGGAGCUUACAUUAACGGACUCGACUACGAGUCUGGCAGUAGUCCCUUGCAUAGGGCCCUGUACUACGGCUCCAUAGACUGUGCUGUGCUUCUGCUGCGCUACGGGGCAAGCCUGGAACUGCUGGACGAAGACACACGAUGUCCGCUGCAAGCUAUUUGCCGAAAGUGCGACGAAGACUUCACCACAGAGUCGCAGAACGAUGUCCUCGUCUGGGGCUCCAAUAAGAACUAUAACCUCGGCAUUGGCAACGAGCAGAACACCAAUGCUCCUCAGGCGGUGGAUUUCUUUCGGAAGUCCAACAUCUGGAUAGAGCAAGUGGCAUUGGGGGCCUAUCACAGUCUCUUUUGCGACAAGAAGGGUCAUCUCUAUGCCGUCGGCCAUGGCAAGGGCGGACGGCUGGGCAUUGGUGUGGAGAACAGUUUGCCGGCCCCGAAGCGUGUGAAGGUCUCAUCGAAGCUGAACGACGAUUCCAUAUUGUGCAUCAGUGUGUCCCGACAGCACUCUCUGCUGCUCACGGAUCGUUCGUUGGUGUUUGCCUGCGGCAUCAACACCGACCAUCAGCUGGGAGUGCGUGAUGCGCCCGAGAAUCUGACGCAGUUCAGGGAGGUGGUCGCAUUGCGUGACAAGGGGGCCAGCGACCUGCUGCGAGUGAUCGCCUGCGACCAGCACUCCAUUGCCUACAGCAGCAAAUGUGUGUACGUCUGGGGGUCCAAUCAGGGGCAAUUUGGCAUCAGUGCCAACACCGACACCAUUAUGGUGCCCACAUUGAUAAAACUACCUGCGCGCACUUCAAUCCGCUUUGUGGAGGCCAACAAUGCAGCCACGGUAAUUUACACAGAGGAGAAGAUGAUUACUUUAUUUUAUGGUGACAAGACUAGAUACAUUAAGACUCCAAACUACGAAGAUCUCAAGAGCAUUGCGGUGAUGGGCGGCCAUUUAAAGAACUCAACGAAAGGAUCUGCGGCAGCCCUCAAGCUACUGAUGCUCACUGAGACGAAUGUGGUGUUCUUGUGGUACGAGAAUACACAGCAAUUCUACAGAUGCAAUUUUUCGCCAAUACGCCUGCCUCAGAUUAAAAAGGUGCUGUACAAGUGCAAUCAAGUCCUGAUUCUGUCACUGGAUGGCUGCGUCUAUCGCGGCAAGUGCAAUCAAAUAGCCCUGCCAGCCAGCAUGGUGGAAGAUAAACCCAAGCUCAACCUGGAUAUAUGGCACAACAACGAUCAAAAUCGCACGGAGAUUUCGAGGGAGCAUGUGAUACGCAUCGAGAUGCAGCGUGUGCCCAACAUUGAUCGUGCCACCGAUAUAUUUUGCGACGAGAGCUUUUCCUCGUUCGCCGUGCUGCAGGAGUCGCAUAUGAAGUACUUCCGCAAGCCGCCACUGCCACGCAGGGAGCACAAUUUCAAGAAGCUCUACCAUGACACCUGUGAAUCGGAUGCCGUGCACGAUAUCGUCUUCCAUGUGGAUGGGGAGCGCUUUGCGGCGCACAGGUUCAUCAUCUAUAGUCGGGCCCCUGGCCUCAGGGAGCUCACUCGCAUCUACUUGGACAAGAAUGUCUAUCUGAACUUUGAAAAUCUCACGGGCAAGAUGUUUGAGCUGAUCCUUAAGUAUAUAUACACCAAAUACUGGCCAACCGAGGAUGAUAUAGACUGCAUCCAGGAGAGUCUGGGGCCCUCCAACCCUCGACAGCGAAGUCGAGCCUGCGAAAUGUUAAUACCGCAUCUGGAGACCUUUCAAUUGGUCGAACUAGCCAGAUACGUGCAGAGCUACGUACGAGAUCAUCAAUUUCCAUUGCCUAGUGCCCGGCAGCGCUUCAAUCGGCUGCAACGCUCAGACUAUCCAGAGCUCUACGAUGUGCGUAUCGUGUGCGAGGACUCGAAAGUUCUGGAGGCCCACAAAUGCAUGCUGGUGUCACGCUUGGAGUACUUUGAAAUGAUGUUCAUGCACUCGUGGGCCGAGCGCACCACAGUUAACCUGGAGGGAGUCCCCGUUGAGUACAUGGAGCCAGUCCUGGACUACCUCUACAGCCUGGAUACGGAGGCAUUCUGCAAGCAGAACUACACGGAAACAUUUCUGUACAACAUGAUCACGUUCUGCGAUCAGUACUUCAUUGAAUCGCUGCAGAAUGUAUGCGAAUCGCUGAUUCUGGACAAGAUCAGCAUACGCAAGUGCGGGGAGAUGUUGGACUUUGCCGCGAUGUACAACUGUAAGCUGCUGCACAGGGGAUGCAUGGACUUCAUCUGCCACAACCUGGCCAGAGUGCUCUGCUACCGCAGCAUCGAACAGUGCGAUGAGGCCACCCUCAAAUGCCUCAACGACCAUUACCGUAAGAUGUUCUCCAAUGUCUUCGACUACCGCCAGAUCACGCCCUUCUCGGAGGCCAUAGAAGAUGAGCUGCUGCUUAGUUUUGUCAAUGAUUGCGAGGUUGACUUGGACUAUCGAAUGGAUCCGGAAACAAAACUAAAGGCGGCAGCGAAGCAUAAGCAGAAGGACUUGAGGAAGCAAGACGCCCGUCACUACUACGAACAGCAGGCCAUAUCCAGCAUGAUGCGAUCCUUGAGCGUUAGCGAGUCUGCCCAUGGCCCCGAGGCAAUAACCGGCCCACAGGAAAACUCUCGAAACGAGGGCAAGAACUGGUCCCGGGUGGUGGACAAAAAGGAACAGAAGCGGAAGCUAGCCGACACUGCCCUGAAAGUGAACAACACACUCAAGCUGGAAGAGCCGCCGAGGCCGGAGCUAGAGGUCGUUGAAAGGACGCCCAGUAAGGAGCAAACGCCUCCGCCAACCUCCCCCGCAGCAGAGACCAGCACGCCGCUAAGUAAAAGCUACAAUCUCGAUCUAAGCUCCCUGACGCCCCAGUCGCAGAAACUAUCGCAGAAGCAACGGAAACGUCUCUCCUCUGAAUCGAAGAGCUGGCGCUCGCCUCUGGUGGAGCAAGAGCCCAGCACUCCUGUGGCCGUACCGAAUGCCUGGGGCUUAACACCCGCCACUGCGUCGAGUUCGUUUAACGAUUCGCCAGCAACCGGCAGCGUGUUGGAUCCCACCUCCUUUGCCAAUAUGAUGCGAGGCCAAGCGGCAGCGGCAGCUGCAGCAACGUCCACGGAGAAGGGACAAAGCUUCUCCCGGAUCCUCGCCGAGGAGCGACGCCAGCGGGAGUCGUUCGAGAGGAUGCGAAACAAGUCACUGGCGCACACACAGAUCGAGGAGGCAGCCAUUGCCGAGCUGCGUGAAUUUUACAACGUUGACAAUAUCGAUGACGAGACAAUCACCAUUGAACGAAAGUCCAGGCCCACAGACAUUAACUUCAGCACUUGGCUAAAGCACUGAGUGUGGUAUCUUACAUAUGCAGCCCCUGAGGCUUCCCUUUAGUCGCGGAUAGAGAGAGAUCGCUAGAGUGGGAUUUCUGGUGCAAAGGGGAGGUGCAGCAUUUUAAUUUAUUUGUUUAUUUUUGUGUCCGUACUAGAAUUGUAGCUGUAGCUGUAG